AUGACCCGCGCGUUCGUACAACGGUUUACGCGUGACAACACGGUCUUAAUCACCGCCAUGGAUAAGCUGGUCUGGAAGACCUUUGGACCUAGCUACGUGGAGAACAUUCAAGCGGCGAACAUCACCUAUUGGCUUAUCGCGGCGUUGGACCCGGAGACGUCCUUGACGCUGGGGGAGCUGGGCAUCACCAACUGCUUCAACGCUCCAACCGAGCGGCUCAAAUACACUGGCACGGAUGCCAAUUACCACUGGGGCAGCCACCACUGGUCGCAGACCACGUGGAACAAGGUGCACAUCGUCAAGGCGGUGUACGAAAUGGGCUUCCACGUCAUCCACUCGGACGCCGACGUGGUGUGGUUUCGUGACCCGCUGCAGUUCUUCUUGUCACAGCUGACGGGCCCAGCCCAUAUCAUCAUCAGCGUCGACGCCUUGUCCACCCACAACCCUCCCGGGGAGGUAGAUGUUGAGUUUGCCUCCAACCCCUACACCAACAUUAACACGGGUAUCUACUUUGUCCGGCAGUGGCCCGGCGGCCUGGCUUUUUUCAACGACGUCUGGCUGCCCAUGCAGGACAAGAACAUUGGCCACGACCAGGACGGCUUCAACUGGGUUGUGCGUGGGGGUUUCUUCCGGCAGGAGAUCCCGGGGUAUGCCUACAUUCCCCCGGACACCUCCCUGCGGGUUUUCUACGCCGCCUACAGCAAUUCCACGGCAGUGGCCUUCCUGCCGCCGUCCAUGUUUGGCAACACCUACACCUACGUGAAUGCACGGCUAUGGCAGCGGCUGAAUCAUACACUGUACGCGGUGCAUUGGGUGUGGGGCGGCCGAACGAUGGAGAGCAAGCGCCAGGAUAUGCGGGACGCGAUGAAGUUUCACGAUGAGCCCGAGUAUUACUCCUCGCCCUACCUGCUGACCUUUGAUGUGGAUCAAAUACCGAUGCCCCAGGACUACAACAGCUGGAGCGAUACAGAGGAGAUGAUUCGCUUCCACGUGACAGCCGCCAACCAUCAGCUGCAACAGGCCUACUACGCCUUUGCUGCAGCGCUCAUAGCCAACCGCACGCUGGUGAUACCCCGGUUUCUGUGCUACUGCUCCAAGAACUGGUAUCAAACACAAAGGUGCCGCAUCAACGAGGAGACGGUUACCGUCUUCCCCUUCACCUGCUCGCUAAGCCAACUGCUGCGCUCCAAGCGGCUGUCUAAUGGCUUCGCGCUGCCCCCCAAGAACCUUGAGUACGCGGGUCACAAGGUGUUUAUCAGGGAGUACUCCUUCCUGGAGAAUCCCAAGGUACCAGACCUCAUCAAGACGUCCUUCCUGGAGAUUGUGCCAUCGGACUCGCCGCGAAACCACGGGCCCCUCCAACCCGAUCAGCUGGUCCUGUCCGAGGGCCCCGCCACACGCGGUUACGGGCGCCGCAUUACCGUCCCACCGCAGCUGUCUGACAGAGAGCUGUGGGCCGUGCUACAGCGAUACCCGCGUGCACGCAUCGUGCACCUACCUAGUCCCACCCGCGUGCUGUCCGGUUUCAGCCGCAUUAGCACCUGGGGGCAGUUUGACGACGAGAUCCAAAAAGUGGUGGCGUACUGGUGCUGCAGGACGCCGCCCGACAUGAGGGCCAUGAACCUGACGGACAAGAUCCAGCUGGUGGCGCUUCCACCAAACCGCUACCGCAACCUGCCGGAGAUCAAGAAUUCCAACUACCUCCAUCAACUGGGGCCCUUUACUAGGCCGCAGUAG